CAAUGGUAAUCGCAGACCAAUUAAGCAAGAAAAAAGCUUAGAGAAAGAGUCAAUUAACUGGACAAAUCUUGUUGUAAAAUGCAUAUUGUUUAGAUCCAAUAACUCUUAUCAAUUUCCUCUGGCUUGCAGCAAGGGAGCGACUCCUCACCAACACCGAACGUUACAGAAGACAUCUAUCCACCACAAACAUCUUCCCCCAGUGCAAAGCGGCCCCUGAAACAGUCUUGCAUGUGUUGCGAGAUUGUGAGUUUUCCAGGUUAACUUGGAUGCAGUUCAUACAGCCUUCUGACCACCAGCGAUUUUUCAGACCCCAUUUGCAGGAUUGGAUUCUCUACCAGGUUCGACAGGAACCCACUAGCCUUGAGUUCGGCAUUAUCUGCUGGUCCCUAUGGCGGACCAGGAAUGAUCGAGUCUUUGCAGGCAAGAUCACGACCAGUGCAGCCUUUAUACAGCGCGUCUGGGCAUGGAUAAAUGUCGUGCGGAAUGCCUUGGACAAAGACAGGUUAAUCCAUCAGCCUAGUCUGCCCAUGAGAACGGAGGUGGAGAUCUCUUGGAAGCCGCCACCUCCCGAGUGGGUCACUCUCAACUCUAACGGCUCAGUCCACAUUUCUUCAGGCCAUGCAGCUGCGGGUGGCCUGAUUCGAGAUCCCACAGGACGCUGCCUUGCAGCGUAUGCGAUUAACCUGGGUAGCUGCUCUAUUACCCGGGCUGAGCUGAGAGGCGCUGUAGAGGGGCUGCAGGUGGCUUGGGACACAGGUUUCAGACGUGUCAGAGUGGAGCUUGAUUCUCUCUGUGCGGUUCAACUCCUCAAUAGCUUGGACUCGCCAGAUCAUCAGCAGGCAGCCAUUAUCCAGAGAUUUAAAGAGCUGCUCAUUCAUCAAUGGGAAGUUGUUGUUUCCCACAUUUUUAGAGAAGGAAAUAAGUGUGCCGAUCAUCUUGCUAGUCGUGGGCACCUGCUGCCCCUUGGUUACCACUCCAUUCCUUGCUCUGACCCUACUUUGUGUAAUUUCAUUAUGUACGAUUGUCAGGGGCUCUCUGAACCCCGUUUGGUUUUGAAUGAAGGCUGAGAUGCACUGCAUCCAUUUAUAAAAAAAAAAACUCUAAUCAAUUAGUUCCCUUUUUGUUACCUGUGAUUCUUCCUAAAUAAAUGAAUCAUGAACCAAACUGAGUAUAACUCACAAAUAAAAGAACAUAGGAAUG